CGCCGUUUCGACACCCGCCAUCAAACGCCCAUCUUGCUCGUUCGUCAAUCCUCCAGGGCCUAGUACUCCUCCCCGCCAUCCACUCCAUGCAGUACCUUAUCCUACAAAUCACGCAGCGUCUGAACAGAUCCCCUCGGAUACAAAUUCAAGGCAUCAUCCGCCGUCAUCUUCAAAACUCAUCCGUGACCUUGUAGGUUAUCCAUCGAAGCCUCAUCACCCACCUCACAUACGAACCCAUCGGGCGUCAUGACGACUGCCCAUGGUUGAGCUCCAUCGGUUUGGUACGCCCUGCUGUCUCUUUUGGUGCUUUGGGGUCGUCGUGGGAUGCUUCAAGCCCAGGCGAAGGCGUUCCCGUGCACCGUCUUCGUACGUGAGAUCGAGGCGUUUUCCCGUGCGCAAAGAAUGCUGCCCGCAGGUCUUCGUACGCUACUUCUUUGGCUGGCACGCAGAGCUGCGGGAAACAAGGGUCGUCAAUAGCAAAGGUAGAGCAAGAGCAGAUGAUGUUCAUCAAGAGCGUGCUCGCCCGCCCUAUGCUCCGGAGAAGCCUGGAGACGCGACCCUCGCAGACUCAGCAGACUCUCGCAAACCGCCAUUGCGACAUCAACCUGCUCGCAUUUCCACACAACGCACAUACAGGACUUCCGCCGGCUCCCCUAGCCCCCCUAGCCCCCCGCCAACGCGGUCCUGACCACCUGUCGAAGCUCCCACUGGACGCCUCCGGUAAAGCGCUAGCACCUGUACGUUCAGAAACAGCGACGCGCACGAAGAUCCCAUAUUUGAGCAUAGAGGCAAUAUGCCAGCAGAAGGGGGGGUGACUGUGAGUGCACUAUUUGUCUCCGAUCACCC